AGGGAGAGAGAGACACCCAGAGAUAGUGUGCUACUACCACAAGAGCACAAGAGACAGACACAGAGAAGGUGUUUGGCAGUGCAGAAUCACUGAAAGGCUUCACAGAGGGAAAGAAAAAUAAGAACAUGAAACAACCUUUCAUCCCUCACACCUGUUCCUCCGGUUCUGGCCGUCGAUCAGCGCAGCAGGUUGUGUGUGACCCAGUGCAGGCUCCAGCAGACCAUAACUCUAACCAGAGCGACCCUGCCACUGACAGCCACCAUCCGUCUCCCAGCUGUGCUGCGUGUCUGGAAGAGGGAAGGAAAGAAGGUGCAGUGGGCUCACUUCUAAUCACAGAUAGCUGAUGCAGAGAGAGAGAGAGGGAGAGAAGGCCAUCCCACCCAUCUGGAGGAUCAGCACGCCCUACUGCCUCUGUGAAAACUGGUCGUGACGUUCGUCUGCUGGGAUCUAUUUGAAAAGGCUUUUAACGCUUAACUCAGCUCAACAUCUUCAAAUUAGCAACGCAUGGAAACUCAUCGUGAAGGCACCGCCAGGACAAUAACAUGCCGCUCUCUGGCUCAUGUUACCUCUUCAUUGUGCGGCAGCCCUCUCCUGUCUCUGGAGGGUGGGGUCAAAGUUGAAUGCACCUGCUCUGGCUCGCUGCCUGGAGGCUGGAUAACUCUCUCUCCUGACGUCUGGUCUAUUUUAGGUGCUGAGAGCGUUCGAGAGAGAGAGAGAAUUGGCAGACGCAGCAGACAUCUUGGUGGUGACCUUCUACAUCAAAUAGGUGAUUGGAGCCAAUUCCAGCCAGGGUUCACAUGGUCUUCAGCGUCUUCUGCAGGGGUGCUGCCAUCUUGCCUUCGUGAUGUUAUUUGGAGUCAGAGUCUAUGCAAUAGCGAUCAAGGACUGGAGCCAUGGUACCGACCAAUCACAGUGUGUAUGCCUGUGCAGUCUGAUGAAUGGUGGCUCCAGUGUUUGUCUCGGCAGCGCGGCACAGAGAUGACAAUUCAUGCAACUCAGGACACAGCGGCGCCGUGUCACCCACCUGACGCUCUUCCUUUGUCUUUUCACCCUCGCUGCUCCAUCACCCGCAAGGCCUGUUUCUGUGCAUGCAUGUUCAUCCUUGCCCUCUAAUGACUGUG